AAAAUCAAAAUCAUUAGACGCUCGGUCCUUAAUAUAUAAGCAUUGGGAACAAAGAGAACUUAACACUUAAAAAGAAAACGCUAUCGCCAUGAUCGGAAUACUUUUAAUACUUACGGUGUCGGCGACAGCAUUUGCUGGUCAAUAUCACACAGGGGUCCAUGGGGAAAAGCCCGGCAGGUGCUCGAGGUCUGACGUCAUCACGAAUUGUCUUUGUCCACCUGGUCCCCAGGGGUGUAAUAGUGACUACGAUUGUCCAUAUAAUCUCAAGUGCUGUUCGUACGGAUGUGGGUGUCGACGUGAGUGCCGGGCACCAGAUUUUUCAACUGGUCCCCUACCAGGAUCACCUGGUUGCUUUUACAACGGGCGAUACUAUUUCCAAGGACAGUCCUUUCCCGCUGGCGAUGGAUGCAAUAUUUGUACUUGUCAGGGGAACAACAAUGUGGCGUGUACAUUGAUUGCUUGUCCUUCAGACGUCUGCAGUCAACCGCAAGUCACUGGUCCUUGUUAUGCAUAUUUCCCAAGAUGGUGGUAUAACAGAGCCACCAAUGACUGUGAACUAUUUAUAUAUGGCGGUUGCCAAGGCAACGAGAACAACUUUGAAACGAGACAUGCCUGUUUGCAGCGAUGCAGUAGAAAGAAAUAUUAAGCAAAGGUGGCGACCAAAGGUGACGUUUUACAACAAAAUAUAUUUUUUAAAAAAUCACAAUAAACAGCAACAAGUUGUCUCUGUC